CUGAAAACAGCAGCAAGUGGAAAUAUUUCAAGUGAUAAUCAGAAUUCCAAUACUGGUGUCGUAACUAACAAAUGUAGACAUUCUGAAAAUGAUGCUCCCUCGUUGGACUCUAACAAAAUUCAGUGUGUUCACAGAAAAGUGAAGUAUUAUCUCAAAAUUUAGUAAAACCACUAGAAAUGUUGAUUUGGAAACAAGAUUGGAAUCUAUUGAAGAACAAGUGUGUGCCCUUACCAAAAGCUAAGUAAAACAAUAGAAUCUCCCAGGAAACUGUCUACACAAGAGGCAAAAGAUUCACAAAACAUUUUGGAAAACCAUUCUGAAUGUCAGGCAAAUGUAACAAGAUCCUUUUUUGACAACACGAAGAGGAUUGUAAUCUGAAAUCAAUUAGUCAUCCACCCAGUGUAUUGAGUGGUAUAGUUUCAAAUGCCAAAGUCUACAGAAAUCAAUACCUUGGAUGAUAACAGAAUUGACAAGAUGGUUUCCCACUUAGAACAAACUCCAGUUCUGUGUCACAUGGUAAAAGGCAAAUGACAUUUGAUUUUAAGUUCAGGCACCUGUUUUGUGCUUGUUGAUACAGACCUACGUUGGUGAAUUCAGUCAUUACUAGUAACUGUGAUACUGAUAUUUGAAAGUGAAGAAUCUGACAGAACCUGUCAUUCCAGCAUUUCAAAUUGUGAAAUACAGACUCAGCGUUCAUGUCGUCACUUGACACAGAUAGUAAUAACAGCCAUAGUCAAAAGAAGAGGAUGUUUUCAGAAAACAAAGAAAAUGUUAAGCGCCUGAAAACUUCAGAGAAAAUUAAUGAAAAUAUUUGCAUAGCUCUGGAAAAGCAAACAGCAUUGCUAGAACAGGUCAAACAUUUGAUUCGACAGGAGAUCUGUAGUAUAAAUUACAAACUAUUUGAUAACAAACUGAAAGAAUUGACCGAACGCAUUUGGAAGACACAGUGCAGGAAUAAACAUGAAGCAAUAGCUGAUGAACUCUUCGCAAAAAUAGCAAAAGUUCAAAGGCGUAUUAAAAAUGUAUUGUUAUCUCAAAGGAACUGUUUGGAACCAAAUGUGUCAUCUAGUAAUACAGCCUGUAAGGUUGCAAAUUCAGAGACUCCGAAUUUGGAUAAUAGUCCAGAUGAAAGAAAGACUUCUGGGAACUCUGAAUCUUCUAACCCUUCGGGAAAAGCACAUGAAAAGAUUGAUUUGUCACAGGAUCACAAUGAGGCGGUUUCUGAAAGUAACGAUGAUGUUAUGUUCAUUUCUGUGGAAAGCCCUAGUUUGACAACAGCAGUCACAUCAAAUCUAACAGAUACUGGAAAAAUGACAUCAGGAAAUUCUAGCAAUUCACCUGAUGCUGAAACUGAAUUUAUGACUAUAAAGAAGAAGAAACUUGAUUCAGUGAUUGAUCUGACAAAAGAAGGCUUAUCAAACUGCAACACAGAAAGUCCAGUAUCCACCCUGGAGUCUCCUAUGAAAGCUGUUUCAGUCUCAAAAGAAACAACCCCAGUGGCACAAACUGCAGCCCAGGUUCCUGAGUCCUUUGAGCACCUGCCCCCUCUCCCUGAACCACCAGCACCACUCCCCGAGCUGGUGGACAAGACGCGAGACACACUCCCUCCCCAGAAGCCCGAGCUCAAAGUAAAGCGGGUGCUGAGACCGCGAGGCAUUGCCCUAACCUGGAACAUAGCCAAAAUCAACCCAAGGUGCGCGCCUGUGGAAAGCUACCACCUCUUCCUGUGCCACGAGAACGCUAAUAACAAGCUGGUUUGGAAGAAAAUUGGAGAAAUUAAAGCUUUACCACUCCCAAUGGCCUGUACUUUAUCUCAGUUUUUAACUUCCAACAAAUAUUAUUUUACUGUCCAAUCAAAAGACAUUUUCGGGCGAUACGGACCAUUUUGUGAUAUAAAAUCUAUCCCAGGGUUUUCUGACACCCCUACCUAAAAGAAAGUCUUCAUUAACUAUAUGUUGUACUACAUUUUGCUUUGUUUUUCAUAUUUAAGUUGUCUUGUUUACAGUGUUCCUCUGACAUUUGCCGUCGUAAAGAUCCAGUUAAGAUUGUGAGCCCUUUGUACAGGGACAGCCCUCUUCCUGGACUUGUGGUGGCCUCUAGUCUCAUGAAUCUCUGAUUUGCAUUCGAUACGUACUUCUAAUGGAUAUGUUCCAGAACAGAAACUGUCACGGACCCAUGUCUCUGAGAUGUGCUGCAUACAAUCCCUUUAGUGACGGUAGAGCUGCUGCUGCUAUCGGAAGCCCUGGGAUUCAAGCAGCCACCGUUUCUUCUGUUGACAAUCAGUGUUUGGUGACCCGCUUGUGGUCAGUGUAGGUACAGGAAAAACCAGCACUUUUCUUGGGCCAGGGGGUCCCUAGGGUGCAUCUGCACCAAGGUGUUAUGAAAGUAAAUGUCUUCCCGUUCUGUUCAAAUUCUAAGGGCUACUUGUGCCCGUACCUCCUGUUGUUGUGUCAAUCAUUUGGGGAAGUAAUCUGGAGGUUUUCCCUCAAUCUGUUUGUAUACACGUAUAAUAAAAUGAGUUAAGCAUUGUGUGUUGUGUAUACAAAACAUACACCAUCUGUUAUAAAAGCAUCCAACCCCCUAUUUCAGUUGAGGAAGAUGGAAUCGCCUGCCUUAGAUUGAAGGCUUUAGUUUGCCGACUUCCUCACGCGCCCCUUUGCUCACUUCCUGGUCGCCAUCACUACUUGCAGAAAGAA